AUGGCGGCUGCCUUGGUUCAACUGCCACGCCCGGCGCUAGUGAGCGAUUCCGACUUGCAACAAGCCCGCGCGGCUCUGCAGCAUCAAGACUGUCCCGAGGUCUCGGUCCCACGCGAAUUUAUCUCACUGAUCGUCGAAGAGCUUAUACAUCGUCGGGAGUCUCAUUCGGAGAUUGCUGAAGUCGAACAUGAAUGCUCUUCCCUCCGGCGCGAAUUGCGCAAACAUAUCCAUAUCAAUGAGGCCUUCCAGAAAGAGUUACGCGAGAUCGGCGAGAUUAUCACCCAAGUGGCCCAUGGUGAUCUGUCGCAGCGUGCGCGGUUGCAUCCCCUCGAAAUGUCGCCGGACAUUGCAACUUUCAAGCAGACCAUUAAUACGAUGAUGGAUCAGUUGCAAAUCUUCAGUCAGGAAGUGUCCAAGGUUGCUCGUGAGGUCGGCACCGAAGGUGUGCUUGGUGGACAGGCUAAUAUCGAAGGAAUCCAAGGAAUUUGGCAAGAGUUGACGGUGAAUGUGAAUGCCAUGGCCAACAAUUUGACUACCCAAGUGCGCGACAUCACCACCGUGACUACUGCCGUGGCAAAAGGCGAUUUGACUAGGAAGGUGCAAGCAGACUGCAAGGGUGAAAUCUUGCUCCUCAAGAAUAUCAUCAACGGUAUGGUGGAUCAGCUUAGAGAAUUUGCUUUCGAAGUAAGUCGCGUGGCCAGAGAAGUCGGGUCCGACGGAACCUUGGGCGGCCAAGCAGUCGUUCACGGAGUGGAGGGGACAUGGAAAAAUUUGACCGAGAACGUCAAUUGUAUGGCGUCAAAUCUGACUCAACAAGUCCGCGAGAUCGCCAAAGUGACUACCGCUGUGGCUCGCGGCGACUUGACUAUGAAGGUCACUGCGGAUGUCAAAGGAGAAAUCCUAGAUCUGAAGCUGACUAUUAAUGCUAUGGUUGACCGGUUGAAUCGAUUCGCCUUCGAAGUGAGCCGUGUGGCAAGGGAGGUUGGCACUGAUGGCACCCUAGGAGGUCAAGCUCAGGUUGAGAAUGUCGAGGGUCGUUGGCGCGAUUUGACCGACAAUGUGAACACUAUGGCGCAGAAUCUUACCCAGCAAGUACGACAGAUCUCCAACGUCACGCAAGCGAUUGCUCGGGGAGACCUAAGUACCAAGAUUGAAGUUCACGCGCAAGGUGAAAUUUUGACUUUGAAAGAAACGAUCAAUCGUAUGGUCGACGGCCUCAGUCAAUUCGCAAGAGAGGUCAAGAUUGUGGCUCGCGACGUCGGUGUUCGGGGUAAACUUGGUGGACAGGCAAAAUUGGAAGGCUCGUACGGUAUCUGGCGCUCGAUUAGUGAAGACGUCAAUAUCAUGGCCGACAAUCUGACCUCCCAAGUGCGGGCAUUUGGAGAGAUCACUGAGGCUGCCAUGAGCGGCGACUUCACAAAAUUGAUCACUGUCUCUGCAUCCGGCGAGAUGGAUGAUUUGAAGCAAAAGAUCAAUAAAAUGAUCUGGAGCUUACGCGACAGUAUCCAACGCAAUACGGCUGCCCGUGAGGCUGCCGAGCUGGCUAAUCGAAGCAAGUCAGAGUUCUUGGCUAAUAUGAGCCACGAGAUUCGGACACCUAUGAACGGCAUUAUUGGUCUCUCGAGUCUGGCACUCGACACUGAUGAUCUUCCUGCACCGGUCCGUGAAACACUCGAUAUGGUGCAUAAUCUCGCCAACUCGCUCUUGACCAUCAUUGACGAUAUCCUUGACAUCUCGAAAAUCGAGGCUAAUCACUUGAUGAUUGAGAAAAUGCCGUUUAGCCUGGGAUCCACCGUCCUGGGAGUUCUCAAAGCACUUGCAGUGGAAACCAACGAAAAGGCUCUGACUUUGUCAUAUACAACCGAUGGGAACGUGCCGGAUUUCCUCAUCGGUGACGCAUACCGUCUACGUCAAGUCAUGCUGAACCUUGUGGGUAAUGCGAUUAAGUUCACCGAUCACGGUGAGAUUUGCGUCACCAUCAAGCGUGCCGAGACCAACGUUUGCUUGGAAAGUGACGAGACAAUGUUUGAAUUCUCAGUUUCAGACCCCGGCAUUGGUAUCGAAGAAAGCAAGCUCGGCCUGAUUUUCGACAAGUUCCAGCAGGCCGAUGGCAGUAUGACGAGGAAAUACGGCGGGACUGGUCUUGGACUGGCAAUCUCCAAGCGUCUGGUCUGUCUCAUGGGAGGAGGAAUCUGGGUUACUUCUCGUGUUGGCGAAGGAAGUAAAUUCUCCUUCACGUCUCGUGCUAAGUUGGCACAGGCGCCCGCAGGAUUUGCGGAGCAACUAGCGCCCUACCGCGGCCGUCGAGUCUUGCUCGUGGACAAUGGCAAUUGGAAAGAUUGCCCCGUGUCCUCGAUGCUCAAAGAUUUCGGACUUGAAGCUGUCGUCGUGCAUGAGAACGAGCUUGUGUCUACGCAACGUCGGAACGACCUGGGUGGAUCCUUUGAUGCUAUGCUAGUGCCCAGCAUCGAGGCGGCUGCGAAACUCCGAGCCGACUCGACUCUUUCGCUCAAUCCUUUGGUGAUUGCGGCCCCCAGCGUCACCCUGCUUUUGAAGUCUGCAGGUGAACUGGGUAUAUCCUCCUACGCUACGACGAAAGCUGGUACCCGUCCGAUUGACUUUUGGAGUGGUAUUCUCCCUGCUCUUGGAAAUCGCAGAAACCGCAUCUCCGAGGGUAUUUCGCGAUCGCUUGCCAUCCUCCUCGCCGAAGACAACGACGUGAAUCAGAAAGUGGCCGUUCGCAUCUUGCAAAAGUGCAACCACAACGUCACCGUGGUCGAAAAUGGGCUUCAAGCCGUCAAAGAAGCACAGCAGCACCGCUACGAUGUCAUUCUCAUGGACGUCUCCAUGCCGGUCAUGGGCGGCUUCGAAGCAACUGUCAAGAUUCGACAACAUGAGAAGUUCAACUGUCUUCCUCGCACACCCAUCGUGGCACUCACUGCGCAUGCUAUGCUUGGUGACCGCGACAAGUGUAUCCAAGCUGGCAUGGACGACUAUCUUUCGAAACCGCUGAACUCCAACAUGAUGAUGCAGACGAUUUUGAAAUGCGCCUCGAUGAAUCUUGUCUCGGCUGUAGAAGCUUGA